CUACAGUAGCUGCGUUACCACCGUGCUGGUUCGCCAUAACGGCUCAGGCUCUUCGGGAAAUUCCGCAUUGCCAAGACAUGGAUCUCUGUACGGCUUGUGAGAUGCCUGUCGACGACGCUGCUCAUCAGCCCCCCUGCACAAGCAGCCGCAAGUGCCCGUUCUGUUCUGCCGUCUUUUCCCGACCCGACGGCGCCAGACGCCACGCCAAAACCUGUCCGCAGCGGGGGAGUCGCACAUUGCACGAGGGAAAGCGUGGUCGCAAGACGCGGUCCUGCGACCAGUGCUCGCGUCUCAAGGUACACUGCAACGCCCGCAGUCCUUGCGAGCGAUGCGUCUCGCGGAAACUCGACUGCACCUACAGUCGGUGCUGCCCCACUACCACCAACAGACAGCCUGCUGCUCCGCAUGACGAGCCACACGUUACUCGGGGGUCCGGCAGCCGUGCAUCUAUCCCCAAGUCAUUUCUGCUCAAUUUUACCGACGAGAGGCAAGAUUUCAUCACCGAGUGCGCGGUCGGUGAAGAGCCAGAUGGCGCCCUGCUCGGCCCCACCAGCGUGGCAGCGACACCCUCGCCAGCACCGAGUGACGACUGUCUUGAUUGCAUCAACCCUACACUCCUCCUGCCGUUCGACGAGAAUCAGAACUAUCUCGAGCCCCUGGAGUUCGAGAGACUUUACGGCACAGAGGAGCAAGAUCUUCUGGGUGCCUUUGUCGAUCAAAGCCGCCGGCUCAAAGGGGACCUCCUCGCCGCGAGACUCCAUCAGUUGGAGUGGGAGGUUACGGAGCAUAUCACUUCUAAUCCUUCCUACCGAGGCCCCCAUCUCAACCCGGUCGCUUUCCGUCAAUUCUUUAGCGUCUCUAACGUGCAAAACUUUGCAAUGAUCUUUUGUCGGAAGCGACACUACCAAUACCCACUAAUACACUGGCCGACAUUCUGCCUGGAGGAGGCUUCACUUCCCCUACUGAUGGUGGUUGUACUUACGGGUGCUACUUACUCAUAUCGCCCCGGACAGGGUUUGGGAAAUGUAACCGAAGCCCGGAAACUCUAUCAUCUCGCAGACGCAUUUGUCUUUGAGAGACUAGAGACUUUGCUCCGAGAUGCAUCUCCUUCGUCAGAGGUCAAUCAAAUCGAGGGAGUCCAGCUUUGCCAGGCUGGCCUGCUAAUGUACGGGCUGGAAACUUUGUCAAUAAGCGACUCUGCCAUCUAUCGCAUCGCUGUGACGGAGCGCCUGCCUGCGAUAGCAAGAGCGCUCAGGAGGUUACAGCUCGUGGGAACCCGACACUCCCCGCCCGAAGAAGAGGACUGGCAGCUUUUUGUACAUCGCGAGCAGGUCAUACGACUUGUCACCUGGACCUUUGCCGUAGAUGGCCUCGCUGCUCUGUGCUGCAACAACCCACCGAUAUUUUCCAUGCUGGAAAUGUCUGGGUCCCUGCCUUGCAAUCCCGCUCUGUGGGACGCAGACUCGGAGACCGCGUUCGGGAUGCUGAGACGGGAUCAUAGCGCGAGGUCACUUUCGUUAAAAGACAUCAUGCCGCGCUUGCUGGACAGUGCUUCGAGAAACGUCGAUGGUGAUUUAGAAAACUUGUCCCCCUUUGAUCUACAUAUUGUGAUAUGCGCAUUCCAACCAAUCAUCUUCAACUCUCACGUCAGCAUGUCGCUGCCACAGCAAUCCAAGACUUUGUUACACGCUUUGACCAGAUGGAAAUAUCUUUGGGAACGCGCGUUGGAAAGAACCAGCUCACACUACCGACAGUAUCUAGGCAUGGCCAAAAACAUACCUGCAAUUGAACAUCUCUCGAGACGGAUCGUUCAAGUUGCCACAAGCCCCCAGGUGGGAUCAUCUCGUUACCUUGAGCGGGUCCCAUCGUAUGGUGCCAGGGAGCUGCACAGCUUUAUGCAGGAAUUCAUGUCAGAUGUAUAAGAUGCGCCAGCUUUAUGGCAGACAAGGGUUUGCCGCUUGAUGUAAUCCUUUCCAACUGCAGUCAAUGUCCUGGGGCAUGGCUGUUUGGGGUGAACCUGGAAGGAAGUUGGAAACUAACUCGAGCCCUGCUUGAGUGGAUGACAGCUCAGCUUGAAGUCUGUUAGACUUGGCAAGGAAGAACGUUGCUCAGUUUGCAACAUGGAGAACUCAAGUCACGAUGGGGUAAAUUUGCACAAGUUCAUUCGCAAGAUUCGUCUCAACUCACAUCAUUUGAUGAACAUUUUUUUCCAUCGACAAUACCGACUCCGGAGUUACACCAUCUCCGUGAAGUUGCUGAGUAAGGACAAGGGGAAUAGACCCGGCAGAGCUGCCCUCGGAGCUCCUCCGUACCCACGUGUCCAGCCGUAUCGGCCAGCGGGCGACAUCCGAAAGAAACCCCACCACCAUACCCACUUUGUGUUCCUAGCGCCCAUGAAGCGGGGGACGGCAUUCAUUCCGGCCAUGCAAAUGCCAGCUUGUCGACGAUUUUAGGUUCUUUGCCAACCACCAUUGACCAGGAGCCCCCCUGUCGGCCAGGCCCAUGUGUUCAUAACUUCAUGGGUCGAGCAUGAGGCGGCGGGGGAGCCAUCCCCAAAGAAUUUUCCCCCCAGCUUUUCGACACUCGCCCACGCCAAGCCCUAGGAUUCUGGGGUGAAGAAUCAGGAAAGCAUGCGGAGGGGAGGUGGUAUUUUGCGGAGACCCCACCAAGCAAAAAAAAAAAAAAAAAGAAACGAAUCUUGGCGAAUGGUAAACGAAAUAUACGGUUACGGUUGUCUUUUCUUGUGCGAGGCGGAGAACCGAGGCGAUACGCAGGUUAUACCAUCGCUGAAAAGAAUAUGGCUUGCCCAAGGCUACAAAAGAGCAAUUGACUUCCCUAUACCAUCCGUGUUUUGGGGAUCCAGGUUUUCUCUCUGUCACUUUCUCCGCACACCACCUCUUCCCCUCUGCUGCGGAAACAAAGAAGCCAACCACUCAGGCGGAAGUUGGACUCUGUCAAAAAAGAGCAUUCCAGGAUUGUUGCCGCUUAAAAACCCCCGACACCGCAACCACCAUGGCUGACCUGUCGCGAAAAUCCUCGAGCAUCUCCAAGGCCGACGGAGUCGAGGUUGAAGAGGUUGCCAAUGGCAGGGACCCUCUCAUGCGAAAGUAUCGGAUCCGGAGACUAGAG